AUGGACCAGUAUGAGGCUUACAUGCGUAAGAUCCGUCUCGCCAAUGCCCAGCGACCCGGUGGACAGCAAGUCUACCAGAUGCCUCUCAGCGGCUGUAUUGACCUGCUGUCCGUGGAGCGUGUCGCCUUCUGGGAGAUUGCCAAGCCAAGCCAUGAGCUAACCGGGGAAGACUGGCAAGACUUUUGCCUUGGAGCUCGCAAUGGAGAUCCUCGACUUCGAGGCUACGCUGGUUCUCUCAACAUGGAAGGUUUCGCUGAGUCUGAGCCCAAGCUUACGGUGGAUUUCCUGAUGGCUGCCAUAAUGCCACCUGCUGUGCAGAAGCGUGUGUGUGAGCUCAUGAAGCUCUAUGAGAACCGUAGCUACAAUAAGGAUGCCCGAGCGUUCAAGAACUGGCUCGCCGAAUAUAUGCGUCAUUACGGCGAAUUCGAUCCAUUGGGUCCCUAUCACCACUUCACCCAGAAGGACGGGAAGUGCUUCAAAUGUUUGAGCGCUGGUCACAACGUGUUCAAGUGUCCCAAGGUGGCCGAUGGCGAAGCCCGUCUGUUGAUGGAUCGGGCCAAGGCCAUCUGGGCCGAAGCCCAAGGCGAAGGCAAGAUGGAGAAGGCGGUAACCAUUGCCAAAGAGGUGAAGACAGUUGAGCCAACUCUGGAUGCCUCGUUCGACAGUGGUGCGGACCAGAGCGUGAUCCCUCCCAAGACGUUCCAGUUGUUGAAGGACGCCGGGCGUGACGUGGUCGUGACGGAUCUGCCGACACCUGUUUUGGUCCGAGGUUUUGUGGGCCCCAGCCAUACGGUGACCCAAGAAGUUAAGCUGACGCUCAAGUUCGAGACCGAUGUUAGCUCCCUGGUGUUGGCUAACGUCAAGUGCUGGCUCUUUGUCGGAAACCUGACAGCUGGUGUGGGUGACAUCCUGCUUAGCCGUCCUAUCAUGCACAAGCUAGGCUACGACCCGCAGUCUAUGCUACGUGAAGCUGCCGCGGUGUUCAGCGAAUACGACAUGGAAUACGUGGAGUCUACCAGUGGUGUGGUGUGGUGA